CUCUUCCAUUUCAUGCUUUCAUUCUGUCACCUCCUCUCCUCCUCCCUCUUUCUCUUUUUCCUGGUCUUCUUCUCCACUUGUCCCUGCAGACUGCACCUGAGUGACCCUGUUACAUGGACAACAGCAGGAGAGAUAGCACCACGCAGCUACCAGUAUCUCCAUCUUAUCUCUGCCGCUGGACCAAAUAGUGCUUGCAGUCCACUACCAGGUCCUCGUCAGAUGGCGUUCUGCUUGGCUGAACUGCACUUGUGGUCCACCAAGAGCUCACUGCAAGUCAAUGAUACAGAUAUUGGCACCUAUCAGUACUACGAUAAAGGAGAGCCAGCUGGCCCACUUGAGCAUCACUAUUACAAUGAGAAACUGCAUUUCUGUGAAGCUCGAGGUCUCACAUGGAACCCUAGAAAUCACAGACCUGAGAAGCUUCGUGAUUCGCUCAAAGAGUUGGAGGAACUGUUGUUGACCAGCACCUGCGUUCACAACAGAUGGAGAAGCAAGAACUGUUGCCAGUUGAUGCUGAGCAGUGGGAUACUGAUAACCCUAUCACUGAAUGGACCUCAGUUGGAACAAGUAUGUGUCGACCGCACAUUAGUUGGACGACUUCCAGGCAACACUGUGACUGACGCAAUCGUCACUGAUAGGCUGAUUGUGCUGUCCUUCCUGGAGCAAAGCCAGCUGUGUGCAGUGUACAUCAACAAGAAGAACCUCACCUCAUCAGAGACAGUGCGAAAAGCAGAGAAACUUUCCCCCUCUGAAAUCAAGCUUUUCUGUGUGGAGCUGAGUGGCCAGGGGCAUAGGCUACACAGACACGUCGCUCUCAAUCGUCAGCAGGAUAUAGCUCUGUGCUGGUGGAGCCAGGUGGAAUCUGAAGAGGAGCUGUGGCCAUGGAGUCCCACAGAAUCACAUAGGAACAACCUGGUUCUGCUCAGCUGCUCCCCCACCGAGGGUCUCAAGGUACUGAACUCCAUCCACACAGAAGGCAACCCCAUUGACUGCCGCUUUAGUCUUCUCCAGCCUUAUCAGCUCUUGACAGUGGAACUUCCUCAAACAUCCCAAACUUUAUCAGAGGGGCCUCGGGCUGACUCCUGUGUGUAUGAAUGUGCUCGUGGACGACUUCAUCGUCUUUCUGUCACCCACAUCCCACUCCCAUCCCAGCCCACCUGCUGCUCCACUCACCCCUCAGAAAGCAUACUUAUGUUGGGCUUAAAGGACUCCUCCCUGGUGCUGUAUGACCAACGGCGCAGAGUUUCUCUUCUUGCCUCUUGCCCUGUGCCCCCUGCCCUUUUGGCCUGGCAUCCAUCUGGUGCUGUGGUGGUAGUUGGGGGAGGACAGGAUGAGCUAAUGUGUUUUGAUGUCGGCUUAGCUCCUUUAGGCCUUGCAUUGUUAUCUGAAGAGAUGACCUCAGCCGCCACUCUACGACUGACCCAGCACCUGCGCUGCUCUGGCAGUCUGGAGGGGCUUCACUGGGGGUCCAUGCUGGAUGGAGGCCCAGAGGGGACAAUGACCCUCAUGUUGGCAUUUCACACAGGACCUCUUGGUGUACUGAGAUUUAGAUUUGGGUCUCUGUCUGGAGGCCACAUAGGUCCCGAGGAGGUGCUGCAGCAGAGACUGUGCUGUGGUCAGGUGCAGGAGGCUCUGGGCAUCCUGGAGGCCCUGGACUUUAACGCUGCAGGAGGCCAGUGCUUCAGAGGCCUCAGCUCCAUCAUCAACCACCUGCUCAGACUGCCACUCAACAAAGAGAGAGAAAAUCAACUGGAAGCAGCCCUGGGUGUAUUUUAUGCUGCUCCUGCCCCUUUAUGUGAUACAGUGAUUCUGGAGUACAGAGACCCUGUGAGCAAGUACGCCCGGCGCUUUUUUCAUCACCUCCUCAGGCAUCAGCGUUUUGAGAAGGCCUUUCUACUCGCUGUAGAUUUGGAGGACAGAGACCUGUUUAUGGACCUCCAUUAUGUCGCCAGCGAUAAGGGUGAGGUGGUGCUCGCAGAUGUGUCCAGGAGGAAAGCUAAUGAAAUGGAGGCCCGGGUCGACGCAGACUUUGUGAGUGGUACUAACAGUGAGCCUGCUCCCAGCCUCGGGGACAGACAGACAGAGAGGAACCAGAGUGCAACAGGACCCUCACCGCCCUCCGCUCCCACAGCGCAUGACCGAAAAGUGAGUGAGAGAAGUCAAGUGCCUGAAACCCUGCGAGUGACAGUGAGCGGCCAUGCCUUCAGGACUCUCAGACACACAGGUUUUGCAGGAGGUGACAAAGCCAGUGCAAAUGAAGAUGAAGACCCUGGGAGCCUUCGAGUGGUACAUUUAGGAAUGGUUUGACACUGCACACAUGUAGUUUUAUAGUUUUUGUAAAGGUGUAAUGUUAUCUGCACUUGUAAUAUUGUGUUGGAUGCAACAGUAUUAAGAGUAUAUUUCACUCUUGACAUAUUGACUUUAUAGCUGCCAAAGUGUAUAUAUUUGUUUUAUAGUAGUCACAGUAUUUAUGUUAAUACUUUUACUUUUCCAAUCAGCCAAAAUCAUGGCACAUGUCUUAAAGUGUAAACUCAGCUGCAAACAUUACCAUUGGGACUUUGCAUUUAUAAAACAUGACUCUGUUUAAGCCGUACCAUUAAUAAGAGGGCAAAAUAAAAGCUGCUAUUAUACUUCCAUCAGCUCUGAUAUUCAAUACAUUUACUAUGUGUGUGCUUCUGUCGUGUGUGUUGGCCAAGAUUACGGGCCACAGUUUUAUUCAUGAACAGGAGCCAACCCGCGACUUUAAAGCAUCGCGCCGAGCCCCUUUCCUGAACAGCAGCCAUGGCCGUGUCAGAGCUGUCGACGCGCCGCGCUCAGCCACUAAUCUGACAGCGCCGCGCGAGCCCUAAUCCCCCACUGUAUCGUAAUCUAUUUACUUUGCAUUCUAAGAGGAUUUCCACCAAAAAAUAUACAAGAAGCGAUGUUGGGAAUGGACAGAAGAUCAGCCAGGAUGCUUUGCUCGCUUCUCUUUUUUGUUUUGUUAGCUUUAAAAAAUCAUUGUAUGUUUUUUGGGGAGUCAAUUCACGGCGAGAGCGAUGGGUGAAAGACUUACAUUUGUGACUGAUACUAAUACUUCUCUUAUGUAAACAUCAAAAUGCAGUGUUUCCUUUCGGAUGAUGCAGUCACACUACAGAGGCUGCUGGUGAUAAGUGGCAUCUGUCUCUGCCUUUAGUGCGUCUCUUGACACGUUCAUAAUUUACAGACCCAGGCAGUAUUAUCUUACGAUUGUUUGACUUGACAGCUCCUACAAAAGCUGCAAAAUCGGUUAACAUCCAAGUACAAGUUCCUCCCAUGUGCGCUAUGGCCUACACACAGUAGCCCCCUUUGACAUGCAAACAGUGAAAUCUGUUCUGUCAUAACACCAUAAACAAAGUAGACGACCGAAUACUCCGCUCAGUUACCCUUUAAGCAAUUAUGUCAGCUUUGUAAAUCAAAUGUAGUUAUGCCUCAUUUAAAAUGUGGCCAGCAGCUCAUUGUGAAAACACUGCCUUUCGCUCAAAUCUUGUGUCUGUAGAGAUGACUGUAGAGAUAGGCUUAUUAGUGGUAUUAACAUACUGUGUGGAGCUGGAACGGCCUUGUUAACAUUUGGAAAUGAAUCCAGCCUACAGCUCUCACUUUUAUCAAGGUUCAUUGUUUUUUCUUCUUCCUCAACAGCUCAAAGUGUUUCUACCCAGACCUUAUCACAGCUAAUGAUGCCAAUGAUUGUACUGAAACGCUCCCCUCUGGCUCUUUGUGGUAAAGAUUUGUUUUACGCACACAAUAACAUAAUAGACAAAUAUCCCAGCAUGCCUUGGGGCAAGAGGGAGAGUGCAAAUUAACCACAGAUGAGAAUUUGAAUUGUAUGAAGUGCGAUAAAGUGAUUGGUCUUACUGAUUAAGAACACAAGACCCAAAAACAUUAUUUGAACAUUUUUAGAUGGAUAGAAAUGUCCACAAUGAUUUGCCUAAAAUUUGUUUCAUUUUACUUCCUGUUGUUUGCAUAUUGGUUUGGCAUGUUAAAAUGCGAGAUUCUCUUCCUGCCACUGCCCUGUUCAUUUCAUAGCUCUAUUACAUCUUAAAGUUUUACCUUGCUACUAACUCCAGUGCUUCUUACAGCAUAUUUUAAAGGUGAAAGGUCGUGAGUCAUGUUAAGACAAUAGUACAUCGCUUCUACAUUUCAGACCCAUGCUGUUGUUUUUCGUCAUUGCUUUUGGAUUAGUGCGUGGACAGAAACUGACCAUUUGCAAAUAAUGAGUCUGCUAAAUAAACAAGGAAAUUGUGAGCGGAGAGGUGAUGCCUGAAGGCCAGUGAGUCUCGUGCUAAGCCUUUGCAGGGCUGGAGCAGAGCAGACAUGUCGGGACACGGGGCAGGGUACAUCCUUUCCACAUGAGAUAAUAUGGGCCCUUUUAAAAUACCUUUUCUUUUCGUCCUGCUCUUGUCCCCCAAACACAACCGAUUCACUGUAUGGAGGAAGUAAUGGUCAUCUUUACUGUGUCCAAGC